AUGUCUAUGGUUAUAACCUCAUUUCGUUCAUGGCGAACAUAACCUAUGUUCUAUGUUAAAUUGGAAAAUUUUACGAGAACAAUAACGUAAAUCGCAAAAGAGACACAAAUACAGAGGGAUACGGGCGGCGAAACGCUGAUCUGGCGAUUGAAUAUCUGCUAAGGAAGGACGAGAUCGCGAGGAAGUUAACUCAAAAAUAUGGGCGAACGCUACAAUAUCCAUAGUCAAUUGGAGCAUCUGCAAUCCAAGUACAUCGGUACGGGACACGCGGACACGACCAAAUUUGAGUGGCUGGUGAAUCAGCACCGAGAUUCCUGCAGUUCGUACAUGGGCCACUACGAUUUGCUAAAUUUCUUCGCGAUCGCCGAGAACGAAGCCAAGGCACGAGUCAGAUUCAAUCUUAUGGAGAAGAUGCUGCAACCCUGCGGACCACCGCCCGAGAAGCCGGAGGAUUAAAUUUGCUUUUGCGUGUUUCUUCCUUUUAACAUUUUUUCCCCAUGUGACAGAAAAACUCUUGUAACUCUUGGAAAAAAUUAAUUUUUUAUCCUCUUUAUAUUAUUAAAAAAGAUGUGUUUCAUGGAAAAGGAAAAUUAAUAAACUCUCGAGUGGAUUUCGUUAAAUCCGCCAAUAUUACGUGUUAGUGUGUUUGUGUUCUCCCGCAACGCAAGUCCCGCAUGAUCGACGCAUAUAUCGACCGAUCGACGUAUUGAUAUAACCUUAAUCGUGUUUGCGUUAACUGGUUAGAAGGCGUCUACGCUCCUGACCCGAUAGGAGCAACACAAAAAAAAAAU